UUGUCUGAUGAAGAUUGCAAGGCUUUGUUUGAUGCCAUCGGAGGACCACCUCAAGGAGCAGAACUUGUGCCUGCAGCUCACUUCUGUGCAUACACUGAGGAUGGAGGAGUGAAUGCCUGCUUUGGUGAUUCCGGUGGCCCACUGGUCUGCGAAGCUAAUGAGGAUGGCCAAAAGUAUUUGUUUGGUGUGGUUUCCUGGGGUUCUCCGACCUGUGGAACCAAGGGUUUCCCUGCAGUCUACACCGACGUCCUGACCUACUUGCCAUGGAUCGCCGAAAAUACCGGGGUCAACUAGGAAAUGAAUGGACUGCCUUGAAAAAUAAAAUGCUGCCAUUCGAAUUCAUCCUUGAUUGCCGCACUUUCCGUUUUUUUUGGCAACCGGAAGGAAACGAUUGCAUCUCUGCCCUUGUUCAUUGGUGACACAGGGACAACAAUCGUCAGUUGACUGCAAAUCAGUUUUCCGUUUUGGGCACUUUCUGUCUUCACCUUCCUCUUUUGAAAGGAAAAAUACAAUUUUGUUUCUGUAUCUGUAA